AGCCUCUUUAGAUGGAGGUGGGUUCGUGUACGGCUACGAAGCCCGCGAACUUGUGGGUUUUCACCCUCCCUGCUUUUCUUGGCGCCGAACACUUUGUCGGCGACGCCUACGCUUUGCUUUCCAUCUUUCUUGCCUUUCUCUAUGGCCUUCUCACCUGGGCCUUCUCUCGUGGCGGUCUCGCCUGGAAAAAUGGUCGUAACUCUAGAGGGCGAGUUCCUAUCCCUGGUCCUCGGGGUCUUCCUGUUUUUGGCAGUUUGUUUAGCUUGAGCCGUGGGUUGGCUCACCGGUCACUCGCCGCCAUGGCCUGGGCUCGGGAUAAUACUCAGCUCAUGGCUUUCAGCCUCGGCUUGAGUACUCCUGUUGUUGUGGCCUCUGAUCCAACCACUGCCCGCGAAAUUCUGACCUCCCCUCACUUCGCCGACCGCCCUCUCAAGCAGUCGGCCAAGAGCCUCAUGUUUAGCCGAGCCAUCGGCUUUGCUCCCAAUGGAAGCUACUGGCGUCUUCUCAGGAGGAUAGCUUCGUCCCACUUGUUUGCACCUCGGCGAAUUAUAGCCCACGAAAAAGGACGCCAGCUUGAGUGCGCCGCCAUGCUGCGCAACAUAGCAAACGAACAGAAGCAACUUGGAACCGUGUCUCUACGAAAGCAUCUCCAAGCAGCUUCUCUCAACAACAUAAUGGGUAGCGUCUUCGGCAAAAGGUACGAUCUCGAUAAGAGCGAAGAACUUAAAGAGCUCGAGGAUAUGGUUCGAGAAGGUUUUGAGCUUCUUGGGGCUUUCAACUGGUCUGAUUAUCUUCCAUGGCUUAGCGCUAUCUAUGACCCGCAUCAUAUAAAUGAACGUUGCUCGAAACUUGUUCCUCGUGUCAGAAAAUUCGUCGGCGCCAUCAUAGAAGAGCACCGAGCCGCCAAGUCUGGAAAACCCACCGAUAACGAUGAUUUCGUCGACGUGCUGCUUUCCUUGGAAGGAGAAGACAAGCUUGAAGAGGAUGAUAUGAUUGCUGUGUUAUGGGAAAUGGUAUUCAGAGGGACAGAUACGACGGCGCUUCUGACCGAGUGGGCAAUGGCAGAGUUGAUUUUGAACCCGAAGGUGCAGGAUAAGCUCUACAGUGAAAUCUACGGGAUUGUUGGGGACGAAGGAAUUGUGACGGACGCCGACGUGGCGAGAAUGCCGUACUUACAGGCGGUGGUGAAGGAAUCACUGCGAGUUCAUCCGCCUGGUCCACUCCUGUCGUGGGCCCGACUAUCCACGUCGGACGUCCACCUAAGCAACGGGAUGGUGGUUCCCGCCAACACAACCGCCAUGGUGAACAUGUGGGCUAUUACGCACGACCCCCGUGUGUGGGAUUCCCCGCUCGAGUUCUCGCCGGAGAGGUUUGUCGAGAACGAAGGUGGCGCUGACGUGGACGUCAGGGGUUCUGAUCUGCGUCUGGCACCGUUCGGGGCGGGACGAAGGGUCUGUCCGGGGAAAAACCUUGGCCUCGUGACGGUGUCGCUGUGGGUGGCCAAGCUGGUUCAACGGUUCAAGUGGGUCCAGGAUCCGACUCGACCCGUUGAUCUCUCCGAGGUUCUAAAGCUGUCCUGCGAAAUGAAACACCCACUGCAUGCCAUGGCCGUUGAAAGAAGGCAUGGUUAAAAAUCUAUAAGGUCCCUGUAAUGACGUAUUUGGUGAAGUUAUGGUUAGGGAUAUAUUAGGGGCUUGGCCAGAUAGUUUAAUUUUACGAGUUUGUUUGA